UGGUACCAAAAUGAAAUCUCGGUGUAUCUGUCUUUAUAAGUCAGUUACUGUAAGUGCAAAUGGUGUUGGGUUCCAGUCUGUGGCGGGAAACAAUAAAGCCAGCUCUUUUUUUUCAAUACUGACAUCUCCGCCCAUGCAGUUGUUAAGUCCAGAGUGCCGGUCUCACUGUGUGUAGAGACUCCAUGGAUACAAGCAGAAACAGUCCCUUGUUCAUCCUUUUAAAUGACUCAAGCUUUGUGAGCGAGGAGAGGUGGAUGCAAAUGAGGGAACAUGCGUGUGUGUGUGUGUUUAACCCUCUCAAGGCGGUGGAUGUGUGAAAAAGUGCAGACCACAACACUAAAGUGCUUUUAUUGUUCCACUUUGUGCCCAGUCCAGUCUUCUUCUACCUCUAGUAUCACUGGAGCUUAACUGCUGUCAGGAGUCUGGACCUGAAAAUGUUUGUGACUGUCUUGUUUGGAGGUUAGCAAAGUUGCUGGGCAUGUUAAUACUGUGCAUGCAGGCUUAAAGGUUUGCAGGCAUGCAGGUUUUUUUUUUUUUUUUUUUUGCACCUUACAGUAUUUGUUCAAAAUUUUUUGUGAAUGCAUGUGCAUGACUUCUUGGCAGAGGGCAGGAUGGAAAUGUUCAAUCUCAACUGUAAGCUGAUAAACUUCCUCCAUCAUUUGAAAGAGAGGGCCGGUGUGGACUCCAAAGGUACUGGACUGAAAUGCUGGAUCAUUUUAAAUUGUUCUUAUACAAAUUCUAAAAGCAACAAAAUCCUUCCUGCAGAUUGUGUGGACCUGAUGGACAGCAGUGGUAAAGUGAUGAACCUGGCAGCCAAGCAGCACAGUUUGGCUCUGGCCAGCAGUGUGCUGGAAGCCAGACACUACUACGUCCUCCUGCGAGUCUGCCGAGACCAUGAGGCUGGAGGUCAGAAAUAUGUCUCCCUUCAGAACAACAACAGUCAAAGUCAUCCUGAAUUAACAGAACUGCUGAAGAGGCUGACUGACAAAGAGCCAGACAGAAAGACUAGAAAGAGACGGACGCCUCAGACCAAAAACAUUCCUGCAAACAGCAAGAGCCACUAAAUUUAACA